AUGUUGAUUGAGAGAGAGAGUGGUGUUGCAACAGUGAUGAAAGAAGUAGAGAAAGAACUGAACACAGACAAAUCAGUCAGCAGAAGAAAUAACAUCUCACUGCAAGGCACAGCUACUACCACCACGGCCGCAAGAGAUGCAGAAGAGGGAGAAGAUGUAGCAAUGAGAGCAGUGCUUCUGCGGCUCAUUGACACUGCUGUCUUCACCUUCAAUCUGGCUUUCUUGGCACUCAUGGAGGCCGCAGCUAGACUGGCUGCUGGGAUCAUGAAUUUCACAUUUGAUUCCAUUUGA